GCCCCUAAAGGUCUCAAGCAGCCUUUCGUUCCGGAGCUGCGUCUACUCGGCUGUGUGGAAAUCGAUCGCAUAUUUGCGCUACCGCUGCAGAAGGACAACGAUUUGGUGCCAGUGCCGCUCAAUGUUAAAAUUAAAUUGCAACGUGCACGCAACAUGGAUCAGCUGGAACACUUCAUCGAGUAUACGCGCUUCCUGGACAAGGCGCAGCGUUUGCUGUCGGAUGCGCGCGAUCGCCUGCAAGUAGUAGAUCUCAAACUGUCGGAGAAGGAGAAGAAGGACUCCAAGUUUAGUAGUCGCAACAAGUUGCCCGUGGUUAUGCUGCCAUCUGCGGCCGUCGCUGGCGGCCUCAUGGAAAAUGGAUAUGUGCUGCGCAAGAGCGCCAGUUGUGAUGCCUAUGGCAAGGGCGUCGGCGGUGCAGCGGGCGUACUCACCAGCGCCGAAAUCGCUGAGGAGUACAACGAAAUCGAUCACAUUUAUGAUUAUGUGCGUGGUUUGACGCCCCUCUCUAAAGGUUUGACACGGUUUGAGCCCAUCUGCGAAACGCCAACAAUCAAGUCGCAUCACACGGACAGUAGUGGCAACUACUGCAGUCUCAUACGCGUGGGUGCGCAGGCGAGCAGCAAUAAUGCUAACAAUAACAACAAUAACACCAAUAGCUUAAAUGCCAGUGGUGGCAGUAACACUAACCAUAGUGGUGGUGUUGGUAGCGGCAACAAUAAUACCAACAACAACAACAACAACUACAGCAGUUUAGAGUCGGUGAAGCAGGCGAACACAAAUACGAAUAGCAGUCACAAUAGCAGCAAUCAGAGCCACAAUAACAACAACAACCAUAACACAGGUGGCAGCGGGGGUGGUAGUGGUGGUGGUAGCAAUCAUCACCAUCACCACCAUCAUCAAAACCACAGCCACAAUCAUCACCACAGUCACACGCAUCCACAUCCACACGCGCACCCACAUGCGCACCAGUCAGGCUGUGGAGCGAUAGUAAAUCACUACCAUCACAGCCAUGUGCAGGAGGACAUCAAACCAGUGCCACCGCCUAUCGAGACCAUACCAGGAAAGAAGUUGCCAGAGAAGCGGCAACGUCCCACACUACCAAAGCUUUAUCUGAAGAAUACACACAGUGCGGGCAGCAAUACGGCCACUGGUGCGACAGCAGCAGCUGUGGCGGCGGCAGCGGCAACAGGAGCGUCUGCAUCGAGUAGCCAUCAUCAGCAUCACCAUCACUCAACGCAGCCGCAACACCCACAUGCCGGCAAUUCGACGGCCGCUGUGGUGAAUGCUACAGCUGCAGCAGUUGCGGCGCAUCAUGCUCAUCAUCACCAUGGCAGGGUGCUGACUCCUAGCAACAGCAACAGCAACAAUAAUGUUGUACACUCUGCGAACGGGCCACUUAGCGCCGGUAUUCUGGUAGCGAAUAAGGAAUGCAAUCUGGAACCACAGUCGCCACUCUUUCAUAUAAGGUAAGCAUCGGAGCGGGAAACACUUUUAUAGUAGGGAGAGAAAA